AGGAGGUGUUGAGGGGUCGGAGAUCAGCGGGGUUUUUUGGGGGGGGCUCUGUUUGUCCCAGCAUGGCCUUCAGCCAGCUGAAAUUCAAGGAGCUGGGCGAGGAGGAGCCCACCUGGGAGGAGGAGAACCUGGACAGCGUGAAGGCGCUGACGGCCAAGCUGAAGCUGCAGACGCGCAGACCCUCGUACCUGGAGUGGGAAGCGCGGGUGAGGGGGCAGCGCUGGGGGGCUCGGAGCCCCGCGAGCACCUGGGGGGCACCGCAGAGCCCCGGGCACCCCGAGGAGCAGCAGGGUGGUGGCGUUUGUGGCUUUGCCACCAUGGAGGCGGCUCUGGAGUGGCUGAGGACGGAGCUGCGGGACAUGCAGGCGCUGGACCAGCGGCUGGCGCAGCAGCUGAUGCGGCUGCGGGCGCGGCUGCACCGCAUGAAGGUGGAGCAGGCCUGCCACCAGCACAAGGAGAUGCUGGACGACGCCACCUUCGGCCUCGAGGGCUGCGAGGAAGACUCGGAUCUGCUCUGCACCAUCCCCCCCAAGGCCGCCUUCCUGCUCUCCACGCCGCUCAAGCACAUCGGCGUCACCCGCAUGAACAUCAACUCCCGGCGCUUCUCCCUCUGCUGAGCCAGCCCCGCGGGCAGCCCGGCGCGUUUUGGGGUUCAAAGAUCCCUCCCCAAAUCUGUCAGGGCUCGGGGCAGGCGGGGCUGCUCCACCAGGGCGGUGCCACGCCGUGGUGGCACGGGAAUGGCACGGAAUGGCACAGGAAUGGCACAGGAAUGGCACGGGAAUGGCACGGGAAUGGCACGGGAAUGGCACGGGAAUGGCACGGGAAUGGCACGGGAAUGGCACGGGAAUGGCACGGGAAUGGCACGGGAAUGGCACGGGAAUGGCACGGGAAUGGCACGGGAAUGGCACGGGAAUGGCACGGGGAAUGGAAAGAGAAUGACACAGGAAUGGCAGGGGAAUGGCACGGGAUUGACAGGGGAAUGGCAUAGAAAUGGCACGGGAAUGGCACGGGAGUGGGCACGGGAAUGGCACGGGAAUGGCACAGGAAUGGCACGGGAAUGGAAAAGGAAUGGCACGGGAAUGGCACGGGAAUGGCACGGGAAUGGCACGGGAAUGGCACGGGAAUGGCACGGGAAUGGCACGGGAAUGGCACGGGAAUGGCACGGGAAUGGCACGGGAAUGGCACGGGAAUGGCACGGGAAUGGCACGGGAAUGGCACGGGAAUGGCACGGGAAUGGCACGGGAAUGGCACGGGAAUGGCACGGGAAUGGCACGGGAAUGGCACGGGAAUGGCACGGGAAUGGCACGGGAAUGGAAAAGGAAUGGCACGGGAAUGGCAGGGGAAUGGCACGGGAAUGGCACGGGAAUGGAAAAGGAAUGGAAAGGGAAUGGCAGGGGAAUAUCGCGGGACUGACAGGGGAAUGGCACAGGAAUGGCACGGGAAUAUCACGGGAGUGACAGGGGAAUGGCAUAGGAAUGGCACAGGAAUGGCACGGGAAUGGCACGGGAAUGGCACGGGGAUAACACGGGAAUG